CAACGGCGCAGUGGCAACAAACACAACCCCCCCCACACACACACACACUGUCUCUCUCUCUCUCUCUCUGUCUCUCACUCACUCACUCGCUCACACACACACACACUCUCUCACUCACUCACUCACUCACUCACUCUCUCUCUCACUCUCACACACACAAAGAACACACGCCACACGAUGGAGAAGCCGAACAUCAUUGAGCACAUCCACCAUGGUGUGAAUUACACGUUGUUUGAUGGGAAGUGGGUGCCAUCCAGCGCGCGCUGCGUGUUGCUGGGUCAGCAUGCACGAGGCACGGGCGCAUUGGAGGUGCUGCACAUGUCCAAGGGCAAACUCACCAGCGUCACAAGCGUAUCCAAGCCAAGCGGGUUCAAAUGUGGCACGUUCGGCGCCAGCCCGCUUGAGGAGCGCAGCCUUGCCACGGGCUGCUUUGACGGCUCCCUCUUCAUCUGGGACUUGGAACGGCUGGAGGUUCCGUUGUAUCACGCCAAGGGCCACACAGAGAUUGUCAACUGCAUCGACGGCUGCGGUGGGUUGAAAGGCUCUGGAGCACCCGAGAUCGUAACCGGCAGCCGAGAUGGGUCAGUAAAGGUGUGGGACCCAAGGCAGCCGGACGAGCCUGUAGUGGACAUCUCGCCCGAGGAAGGGCAGCCAAAGCGCGACUGCUGGGCAGUUGCAUUUGGUAACACAGCUCCCUUUCGCACCUGUCACAAGAGGCCAGAGAGCCGGGGGGGGGGGGAAGAGAGCGAGUCUGUCUUCGACCGCGACGUGUUUGUCACGUGCGGCGGCAACGGCAGCGUCAAUCUGUGGAAGUACCACUACCCAAAGGCGCGUCAGGUCAAGGACGAAGAAACUGGGGAGAUGCUUGGCGUGGCCGGCACCAUGCGCCUCAUCAACAACUCGGUCAUCUCCACACAGCCAAUCAACAGCUUCGACUGGCACACAGACAUGCGCGGGCUGAGCUUGACGACGAGCUUCGACCAGACGGCGCGCGUCUGCCUCAUCACCAACCUCAACCUCGUGUGA